AUGAACACCAACUUUGCUACCCCCAUUGACAAGAUGUAUUCUGUUAAAACAACCCUCUCAUUCCCAGAGAAUGGUUAUCCCGAAAAACAAAGCGUUUUGGAGGCCAUAAAUGAGUACGCUCUUUCUAACAACUUUACUGUCAAAAUUAAGGAUGGAAAUCAGAGAUAUCUUUCCUUGCCUGCCCGCGGUGACAAUGAACAUUGUCAUAACCACCCCAUCACCCCAAACAACUUGGCGUCUUCUCACCAGGGAAGAAUGUCUCUCCUUACUUCGGAAGAUGCAAUUGUUGUAUCCAACAUAAUCGUAGAUUUAAAUUAA